CCGCGCCCCUCCCCCGCGCGGCGCUCAGUGCCAGGCGGGAGGCGGUAGCGGUUGGAGGCUACGCCGGGCUUUGCAGCGGGGACUUCGGCGGCGGCGGCGCCUCAGGCACCUCGGCCCUGACACAAUGAGGCGAGUGGUACGGCAGAGCAAGUUUCGGCAUGUAUUUGGACAAGCGGUAAAAAAUGACCAGUGUUACGAUGAUAUCCGGGUUUCUCGAGUGACCUGGGAUAGUUCCUUUUGCGCUGUCAAUCCCAGAUUUGUCGCCAUAAUCAUAGAAGCUAGUGGGGGAGGAGCGUUCCUUGUGCUCCCUUUGCACAAGACUGGUCGGAUCGACAAGUCCUACCCUACAGUAUGUGGCCACACAGGACCGGUGCUGGACAUAGACUGGUGCCCACAUAAUGAUCAGGUCAUUGCCAGCGGUUCAGAGGACUGCACAGUUAUGGUAUGGCAGAUCCCAGAAAAUGGACUCACCCUUUCCCUGACCGAGCCAGUGGUCAUUUUAGAAGGCCACUCAAAGAGAGUUGGCAUCGUGGCCUGGCACCCGACGGCCCGCAAUGUGCUACUCAGCGCAGGCUGUGAUAAUGCCAUCAUUAUCUGGAACGUGGGCACGGGGGAAGCCCUCAUAAACUUGGACGACAUGCACUCGGACAUGAUCUACAAUGUAAGCUGGAACCGGAACGGCAGCCUCAUCUGCACGGCCUCCAAGGACAAGAAAGUGAGAGUCAUCGACCCUCGGAAACAAGAGAUCGUUGCUGAGAAGGAGAAAGCUCACGAAGGAGCGCGGCCCAUGAGAGCCAUCUUUCUGGCUGAUGGCAACGUCUUCACCACGGGUUUCAGCCGCAUGAGCGAGCGGCAGCUGGCCCUCUGGAACCCGAAAACUAUGGAGGAACCAAUUGCUCUCCAUGAAAUGGACACUAGCAAUGGGGUGUUGCUGCCUUUCUAUGACCCUGACACCAGUAUCAUUUACUUAUGUGGAAAGGGCGACAGCAGUAUCCGCUAUUUCGAGAUCACGGAUGAGUCCCCGUAUGUCCACUACCUCAACACAUUCAGCAGCAAGGAGCCUCAGAGGGGGAUGGGCUACAUGCCCAAGCGGGGACUCGACGUUAACAAAUGUGAGAUUGCCAGAUUCUUCAAACUUCAUGAGAGAAAAUGUGAGCCUAUCAUCAUGACUGUCCCCAGGAAGUCUGACCUUUUCCAAGAUGACCUGUACCCUGACACAGCGGGACCGGAAGCAGCGCUGGAGGCAGAGGAGUGGUUCGAGGGGAGGAAUGCAGAACCAAUCCUCAUCUCCCUGAAGCACGGGUACAUUCCAGGCAAAAACAGGGACCUCAAGGUGGUCAAGAAGAACAUUCUGGACAGCAAGCCCACGGCAAACAAGAAGUGUGACCUGAUCAGUGUCCCCAAGAAGACUGCAGACAUGGCCGGCGUGCAAAAUGAAGCCAAGUUGGAUGAGAUUUUAAAAGAGAUCAAAUCUAUAAAAGACACAAUCUGCAAUCAAGAUGAGCGUAUUUCCAAGUUAGAACAGCAGAUGGCGAAGAUAGCAGCCUGAAGGUCACCCCACCCCCCACGGGAGCAGGAAGGCGCGCGAGGCUGGUGGUUGGUGUGGUCCCAGGGAGGGCGAGAGGGAGGCACUGCCAUUGGAGACAUUCCAUUUCAGAUUUGUCGACCAGCGAUAGGCCACAUUCCAGUAAGAACUCAAUUCGUCUCCCAAAUUUGCAGAAACAAAAUGUGAUUUAAAAGCCGAGCUUUUUACCAGAAAGCUUUUUUUUUUUUUAUGUUUUAAGUGUUAUGUGACUUGUGAACUUCUAAAAGACAAAAGUGCUACUUUGAAAAUCCCAGAUAUUCUGAAUUUUAGAAAACCAACCAAUUCCGAUUCAGUGUCCUGCCCACGUACCUUUUAUUAUUAUUAUUUUUUUUACAUACAGGGACCAAUGCCACAUUGCUUUUUAUAUUUCUUUCUUUUUUUUUAAAUGUUGCCAAAACCAAAAGUAGCUUUUUUUUCCUUUGUAUUUUGCUACCUUGCAGUAUUUGUGUGUGGGGUUUUUUUUUUUUUUUUCCUUAAUUUGAAAGGGAUAGCACUGUAUGUUUAUAAACUAAAUGAAGAUAAGAUAUUAUUUUGUAUAAACAUUCAUCUGAGAACAAUCAGCAGUAGCCACAUGGUGCUGACUUCUUUGCAGCACAAACCUGGUCAUCUUCACGGCUCUACAAAAGGAAGACUUGAAAAAUCACUUGGAUUUGUAUUCCCACCUCUCCUUCCAUUGCGUCUUCUGACCAAAACAAGCUCACAGCAAAUCGUUUCCCUUCUCUUUUCUAGAAAUUGGGUGGUUAUACCAAAAUGGAAUUUUGCUUCUUGGUUAUCCUGUGCUUCAGAUGAUUAUAAUCUAACCUAAACUA